AUGGCCGACAAAGCCCCCCGCGGCGCCUACGGCCAACAAGCCGGCAGCGACACCUCCUUCCGGCGCACCUGGGACAAAACCGAAUACGCCUCCCGCGCCGCGGCCCACGACGCAGCCCUCAAAACCGAAGGCCGAGCUCGCUACGAAGCCGCCGCGGCAGGCAAAAAGUACAUCCGCCGCGCCUCCACGCCCCCAGAUGCCGCGGAGACGGAAGCACGGCGGCAACGUCUCGACGUCGCUGCGCAGGUCGGGAAGACGAUGUUGGUCCCUGCGGGCAGUGCAGUGGGGAAGCGGGGCAGGGGAGCGGGGUUCUACUGCGAGGCCUGUGAUUUGACGUUUAAGGACAAUCUGCAGUUUGUGGAACAUCUGAAUUCGCGGCAGCAUCUUGUGGCUGUGGGUCAGACGGGGGAGGUGAGGCGGGCGACGGUUGAGGAGGUUAGGCAGACGCUGAGGUAUCUUAAGAGGAAGAGGGAGGAGGAGAGGGAGGAGGUUGUGGUGGAUCUUGGGGAGAGGUUGGAGAGGAGGGCAGAGGAGGAGGAGAGGGAGAGGGAGGAGAAGCGGCGGAAGAGGAAUGAGCGGAGGCGGAGAGGUGGGGGAGAGGCAGAGGUCAAGAUUGAGGAUGAUGUGGGGGAUGGGGUUAUCCGUUGA